CACUCUGUAGGCUAUAGUCUCAAGACAGAAGGACAAGAAACUCUCAUCCCUCCAGUCAGCUGUCUCUCUCUAUCUCUAUCUUGAUACCAGCCGAAGCUCUAUUUCUGGUCCGGCUUCUGUGGACUAAGAAGUUAUAUUGUGCGCCGGACACUUUGGGCAGUAUUUACUUGUGAAUACAUAACUUUCAGAGGGGUGUUUUGUGCCGGUUGUCAUUUGACCCAGAGGAUGAUCUAGAACUUGGAGAAGAGGGUCUUCUGUAUCUCUGGUUGAUUUAUCCAUCAAAGUUGAAACCAUGGCUGGGAUCUAUGGCUGCUUGCGAGGAAAAAAUUGAGAGAUGAAGCGGAGGACAUCAUCGCUGGGCUGUAGACUUGCAGGCGGAUCCAGCAGUGACAACAGCAUCAUGGCCGCAGGACCACCAGAUGUGAUGAUCACUCAGGACCCAGCAGAGGCCCCAGAAGAAUGUCCAGGAAAGAAGAAGUCAAAGUUCCAGACUUUCAAGAAUUUCUUUGUGAAGAAGAAGAGGAAGGAGGCCCCGGCUCCAGCAGGCGAAGCGGUGUUAAAGUCCAGCCAGUCCAGUGACAAUGUCAACACACCUGAGACCGGCAGCCUCACACGCUCCGAGAAGGACCAGGGCUCAGGGUUAAAUAUUAACAUGGGCAGCAAGGCCCUGUCACAUGACAGUGUCUUUGUUUCUGAUUCGCCAUCAUUGGUGGAAAAGGAGGGAUUGGGCGCCUCACAGGACAGUAUACAUGGGAAAGUCAAAUCUCUGCAGCUUCAGUUGAAGCAGGCCAUUCGUCUGGGCUCCCCUCCCUCUCUGAUGUGUAUGAAGAGAGCAGAUGAUGGGGGGGCCGUGUCGGAGGACGAUGGUCUCCCCUGCAGCCCCCCCGAAUACUCCACCCUGCACACCGUCCUGACCGGAGGCUCACAUAGGUCCUCCAACCUGGUGCAGAGAAACAGCUCCCUGAGCCUCGAGGGGACAGACAGCGAUGACGACCAGUUGUCAUGUGACCCGGGCUCGAGGCCCAUCAGUCCUCUGGUGGUCCCACCAGCAGACUUCAGCCAGCCUGCCAGUCCCAUGGUGUGCCUGGACAGCACGGCCGCCAGACACCGCCUCGCGGUCCGCCACCACGCCUGCACCAAGAGGAAACCCACUACCAGGGUUGAGUGCCGGUCAGAAAGAGACUCCCUCCAGGAGGAGAGACUGAGUGUUUCCAUCCCAGAGUCUGUAGACGAGGGAGAAGAAGAAGAAGAAGAAGAAGACAUGGACAGUCACCAGGCCAAAGCCCCUGCCACGGAUGAGGAGGCUGAAGAUGAGCAGACGGAUUCCAAACAAUCCCAGCAUGCUUCGGCAGAGCAGCCCCCGCCGGCUGAUACCGAGGACGAGCUGGGGGCCGGAAAGGAAGUUUCUCACGGCCAGGAUGCCCCCCAUUCCUCCUCCCCCUCCCCACAGCAGGAUGAGUCCGACUCGGAGGAAUGUCUCCCGGCGGAGCCCCAUCCCAAGACCCUGUCUCAGCCUCCCUCCCUGCCCAGCUCCAGGGCCUCCUCCCUGGACUGCCUGGCCUCGCUGGAGACCCCUGCUGGAGACUUCCUGCUCGAGGCUGGAGGGGCUGGUGGGGAGCAGGAGGAGGAGAGCUCCCUGCUCCAGGAGGUGCUGAGCUCCCUCAGGGGGCCCCUCUCCUCCUCCCUGGGGCUGGAAACCGAGGGUGGGGUCUUGGUGAUGCAGGAGGAUGAGAAUGAGGAGCAGGAGGAGCAUGAGAAAGUGGAGGAGGAGGACGAGAGGGAGGUGGAUGAUCUGUCCUGUGUCCUUGACGUCUUGACCACAUCCUCUGACCCUCUAGCCAAACCAUCUGACCCCCUGUCUCCACCCUCAGACUCGCCCCUACAGGAAGAGGCCACUGCCCUCAGGGACGGACCUCGGUCUCCCGAUGAGUCACGCGAGGACCUCGAAACAGCAGAGUCAGAGGAUGAGGAGGAUGUCGGAGAUGAGGAAGAGGAGCCGGUGGUGGAUCGUUUCCAACCACAGGAAGAGAAGCUGGACAGUGCUGAAGAAACCACAGAGAACUGCACCAACGAUGAAAAGCCCACACCCUUCACGAAGGAGUGGAACGAAGGAGAGAGUCAAGAAGAGGGGGAGAAGGGAGAGGAGGUGCAAGAAGGAAAUGAGGAAGAGGAGGAGAUUGAGGAGGAGGCGGUGGAAGGGGAAGAGGAGAAAGAAGAGGAUGCGUGUGAGGAGAGGAAGGAAGAGGAGGAUUCAGAACCAGCAGAGAAGACGGUCGUUUUGGACCCCGAAGAAGAGGACACGAAAGAAGACGAAGGUGUACACUGUGGUACUGAAGGGGAGCAACAGCCAGUGGAGAUGACUGACCUGGUCAUCAUCAAAGACAAACCAGAGAGCCCGACUGACCAGUCAGAAGCGCCACUCACACACCAGUCAUCCCUUGACGAAACGACCACAGCCCAAACAAUGAUGGAAGCAAUAGUUCCAGGAGCACCCGUUGUGGACCAAACCGUUGUGAACAAUUCAGAGGUAGACCAGAAUGUUUUGGACCAAUCAGCCAUAGACCAACCAGUCAUGGACCAGACAGUGGUGGAACCUAGCUGUGACCUGUCCUCUUCAGAGCCCGAAGACCAAUCCGAUGCCCUCCCACCAAGCGAAGAGGAGGAGGUUAUUUUGACCCCUACCCAGACCAGUACCGGUACCAAAUCUACUCUGUUUUCCUUCAGCUCUGAGCAGAUCUCCGGGCAGCCCUUGCAAGCCCCAGAGGAUGCUGGGAAAGUGCCUGGUGCUUCUGAGCAGGGUAAAGGGAUCCGCUUCACCAUCACCCCCGCCUGGCAGAGGACCCUCUCAGGAGGAACAGCCCCCAAAGACCCCAAAGACAAUCCUCCCUCUCCGUCCACCUCCCCCUCGCUCUCUCCCUCGCUCUCUCCCUCCCCCUCAUUCUCUCCCUCCUCCGCCUUCUCUCCCUCCCCUGUCCCUGGCGCCCCUGCCAGCUCCUUAACCACACCCGGGCUCGACGAAGCGGUGUCGGCAGGGAAGAGAGAUGGUCCCGUCCAAGCUGAACCGACAAACCUGGCGAAACCUGAAGUAAAUACUAGCCCUGUGAGAACCCCGACCCCCGUGGCGGCAGGAGAAGCAGCAUCUGCAGGUCGACCGGCCAGAGACCUCCCGCCUCAGGAGGAAGCGAACCCAGAGAACCCUUUCGGCGUGCGCCUCAGGAAGACCUCCACCUCAGCUCUGCUCCGCUACGCCUCCGUGUCGGAGAGCGACGCCCCUGCGCCGGAGGUCGCACCCCCCGCUCGGUCUGCGGAACAAACAAAAAGACCUGCUCCCGAUCCUCCGGCCCAGCCAAUCAGCAGCAAGCCUGCCUUACCCAGGAAGCCAGAGCUGCAGGGAGAGAGCGGGGGGAAAACCAGGAGAAUGCCGGAACCGAUCGUGUCCAGAGUGCCUAGUGGAGGUUCCGAAUCUCCCAGCUGGAUCCACAUGGCUAGACAGAAGCAGCGUGUCUUCAAGGAGAACUCUGUGGAGGAAGCCCAGGAGAGGACUGCAGAGAAGGAGGUGCCUGAGAAGGAGCCCAUUCCUGUUCUGUGCAGUCCUAUCAAAGACCAUGCCAAGCCUGGAGGGUCUCCGAUUAAAGUGAGCUACUCUCUGGAGACAUCCAAGCCCGCUGUGAUGGAUAGGGAGGGGAGGAAAGCCCUGAGCUCACCUGGCCCCCCGGCCGUGGCACAGAAACCCACACAGCCCCAGCCUGGACCCCCGGCGUCAUCUCCCAAAGCUCAACCCCCCCAGCCCAGCGCUCAAGCGCCAUUGUCCCAGAGAGCCAUGUCCCCCUCAGCCCCCCUCCCCCAGGAUGAUCCCCCCUGGCUGGCUCUGGCCAAGAAGAAAGCCAAAGCUUGGAGUGAGAUGCCUCAGAUCGUCCAAUGAGGAACGGGCGUCACGCGCUAACUGUCUGUCCGUCUUUUAUGGCUGUCCACUGAUGGACCAGAAUGCAUUUGCACACUGAAAUAUAUAUAUGUAUAUGUAGGGAUAUAUUGCGAUAUAUUUCUCUAACAUACCUUUCUUUCACUCUGCUAUAUCAUACACUCAUACACUCAAGCCUCUGAUUGGAUGGGUGUCAUAUGAUGUCACAGGCCCCUCAGAUAAUGUGUGCGUGAAAGAAAGAGAGACAGAGGUCAGAUGAGAUCAUAUGAUAAGACAUGAAUUGAACUGAAUUGAAUCUGUGUGUCUUUAAAUAUGAUGAACCAGUAAGUCUUAAUAUGUUUCUUUGUUUUAAUUUCUCUUUGCCAGUCAUUUUGGACAAAGACUAAACCUGUAAUGUCAGUGUUACAUAUAUGUGUGAAGCGUCAAAGUGUAUCAUCAUUGGUCAAUACAGACCUACCUUAAAUCUCCAGUAGCCUUGGGUCAACAACUAUUGGCAAAUUGGGUGCACUUUGGCUAUAAACAGUAAAAGCCAAAAGUCCUAAAAGGGUUCCAAAGAUUUACUGUGAGGUAAAUCAAAUGCACCUAAAAUGUUUGGUCAAUGUAGUUGACCCAGUUCUGGUCCUUGGUUUGGUGGACGAGUUUAAACGUGGAUGGAUUUAGAUCUGGACUGAGCUGAGGGUUUCUUUGUAUUUAUUAAAUCUCUGACAUGUACGUUUUAUGUAUUUUGGUUGUAUUUUUGUAUUGCCUUUUGAAAGUGUGUUUUGUACAUAAAAUGUGCAGUAAAUAACAAAAAUGUUCCCUGUUCUGUUUUUCUAACUGUACUGUAAAUGUUACUGUAAAAGUUUUUUUUAGAUUGAGGUCAAGGAAUGAACUAAUCCAAUUUUUUUUUAUCACGUCUGUCUUGUACAUCUGGAUGCUCUUAACAUAAAAAAUGACCAAAUAUG